ACCCUUAAAAAAUAAUAACAACCGUAUGGUGAUUCCGAUGGGGACUGCUUACUGAGUAGUCGAAGAAACAUUCUGCGACUGAGUUGACCUAUUUUUUGGAAUUGAAUCAUUUGUCUGGACGGUGGCCACAUAAGGAAGGCGUACGAGAAGCUGAGGUUCUGCAGAAUCAAUAUCCCAUGAUCUUUAUUUGAAACCUCUGAGAAGGAGUUGGUGAGUGGGCGUUUCAAGUAAAUUCGAAUCGACAUGGCAUUCCCUACUAAGAUAAAAGUGAUGAAUCCAAUAGUUGAGAUGGACGGAGAUGAAAUGACGCGUAUUAUUUGGAAAUCUAUAAAGGAAAAGCUAAUUUUUCCCUUCUUGGAGUUGGAUAUAAAAUAUUUUGACCUUGGUCUUCAUAAUCGUGAUGCCACGAAUGAUGAAGUUACCAUCGCUAGUGCCGAAGCUACUCUUAAGUAUAAUGUAGCAAUUAAAUGUGCAACCAUAACUCCAGAUGAAGGUCGUGUUAAGGAGUUCAACUUAAAGAAAAUGUGGAAAAGUCCAAAUGGGACUAUUCGAAACAUUUUAAACGGAACUGUUUUCAGGGAACCAAUUAUCUGCAAAAAUGUCCCUCGGCUUGUCCCUAGUUGGACCAAGCCAAUCUGCAUCGGAAGACAUGCUUUUGGCGAUCAAUACCGAGCAACUGAUUUAGUUGUACAGGAAUCUGGAAAACUUUUGCUUGUCUUCGUUCCUGAUACGAGUAAUGAGAAGAAGGAGCUUGAGGUUUUCAACUUCAAAGGUGCUGGUGGUGUAGCUUUGUCAAUGUACAACACUGAUGAGUCUAUUCGUGCUUUUGCUGAGGCUUCAAUGACUACUGCUUACCAGAAAAAAUGGCCACUUUAUCUAAGCACAAAAAAUACAAUUCUAAAGAGUUACGAUGGAAGAUUCAAAGACAUAUUCCACGAAGUUUAUGAAACCCAAUGGAAAUCAAAGUUUGAGGCAGAAGGUAUUUGGUAUGAGCACCGGCUUAUUGAUGAUAUGGUUGCUUAUGCUCUAAAAAGCGAAGGAGGUUAUGUAUGGGCAUGCAAAAACUAUGAUGGAGAUGUCCAGAGUGACUUCUUAGCCCAAGGGUUUGGAUCACUUGGGUUGAUGACAUCAGUGCUGAUGUGCCCAGAUGGAAAGACUAUUGAAGCUGAAGCAGCCCAUGGCACAGUUACCCGCCACUACCGUGUUCAUAAAACAGGAGGUGAAACUAGCACUAACAGCAUAGCAUCAAUUUUUGCUUGGUCACGUGGCCUUGCACACAGGGCAAGGUUGGAUGGUAAUGAUCGACUUCUAGAUUUUACUCAAAAACUGGAAGCAGCCUGUGUUGGAACAGUUGAAUCUGGGAAGAUGACAAAAGAUCUUGCGCUUUUGAUUCACGGUCCUAAGGUUAGUAGGUCUCAGUAUCUAAAUACCGAAGAGUUUAUCGAAGCAGUAGCCAAAGAGUUGAGUAACAGAAUGUAUGUGAAACCAAAGUUGUAAAGCAUGCGUGUAUUGUGUGCCCUCUCGUCUCACUUUUAGCUUUAUUUAUACUUGCCAAUAAAUAAGGUCUGAUACAUGUCCUGCACUGCAUGCCAGUUAUAUAGAUUUAUAAACAAAUAAUGUAUUGAAUUCUACAUAAACAUUAUUUUGGGACACUUUAUUUGAUUGAAACAAAUAAGUCUCGAUGAGAUAGUUUUAUGUUUA